AUGUCGCAAGCGACUGGCGCCGGUGCCCAGGGCACCCGCGCGGCCAACUCGGGUCCCCAGGCUGUUCGGAGCAACCCGCGACCGCGGAGCGGUCCAACAACGCCGAAUAUUUGGCUCCGAAUGGAGCCCGACGAUCCGUCUGCCGACCGUAGCCAAGCCCGGGACGUCAACCCCGGCACCCCUCUCCACGAAGCCGUGACGGCCUGCGUCAUGGUUGCUCUCGGCCUGAUGCGGAGCGACCAAGGCAAAUACACGCUCCCUUACACGGGCGAGGACGUCUUCAAGUACGUGCGGGAGCCCUCCCGGCGUACCUGUACCGAGUCGAGUGGGCUGCAGGCCUGGUCCGACGACUUUGUUGCUCAGCUCAGCAAGGACUUUGUGCGAGUCAGCCUCACGACCCGCACCAACCCUAGGACCAACGGGAGCGAUAUGUGGUUCCAGCGUAUGGACUGGAAGUCGUGGAGGCCCGAUACGUCGGGUAUCAUGUGCUUGAACAAGUUUGCGAUCGAAGCCAUGGUCAAGGCCAAGCAAGGGAAAACCGACCACCACAGGAGAGCGUACGACGCUUUCGCUUUUGCCAUCGGUCUCGAAAUCGCGCGCGGACUGGUGUUCUGCUUCUUUGGAAGCUUGGCGCCAUUCAGCAUGGAGGCUCCCCCAAGCCGCGGCCGUGACCUGGAUGAGGCGUGGGAGGAUCGGAUGUUUCAGGGGGAAAUCCAUAAUGUCAUGGACCCAGAAGACGAGCUUGGCAGAUACCAGGCCGGGGCGCUGUGGUUUAUAGCGAAAGAGACGGGGAAGGCGAGGAGGAUCAUGGUGCCGCCCGGCUGUGGGACGCACCCUCGUGAAAAGUUCAAGCUGCCGCUUGUCACCACGGGUGAAGAGAUCGAUAGGGCCGAGUUCUGGGAUACUCGCGAUGCCAUGGCCGACCUCCGCAGCGGGAACCUUGUCAUGCCCCAUCGGCAGCAAGCUCCCCGUCCCGCCCGCCCUGUUGCCACCCCUUCUGCCAACGCCAACGCCAACGGCGCACAGGCAAAGCAGCCCGCGAAAGCCACACGGCCCGUGACCACGACCACGGCGGCGGCAAAGACCACAACUACAACCACGGCCAAGCCCACGACCACAACCACGGCCACUGCCACGGCCACGACAAACGGGCAGCGCCGAACUGCCGCCAACACAACUGGUAGCAACACGACUGGUAGCGUUGGUGGUAACGGUGCGGGUAGGGGUGCUGCCCCCGCCUCCCUCAAAGCGAACGCCGCAGGCACCGUCGGAAGCGGGGGCGCGCAGACGUGGGACCGGAUCGCACACAACGUCGUGGCACACUACAGCGCGACGACGCCGCAGCGCACCAAGCUGCUGGACGCCUUCCUGGCGUUUUUGGUGGCGGUCGGCGGGCUGCAGUUCGCGUACUGCGUGCUGGCGGGGAACUACCCGUUCAAUGCGUUCUUGUCCGGGUUCUCGGCGACGGUGGGGCAGUUUGUUCUGACGGCUUCGUUGAGGAUCCAGACGACGGAGGCGAACAAGGGGGAUUUCCCUGCUGUGUCGCCCGAGCGCGCUUUUGCCGACUACGUCGUGUGCAGUUUGAUCCUGCACUUUUUCUGCGUCAACUUCAUCAACUAG